ACUGAAACCACAACUACUACUUUACACUGGGGGCUUUUAUAUAUGAUCCACUACCCUGAUAUACAAGAGAAAGUCCAGGCUGAAAUAGAUGCUGUGGUUGGUUCAUCCAGGCAGCCGUCUACAAGUGACAGAGAAAACAUGCCGUUCACUGAUGCAGUUAUUCAUGAAAUCCAGAGAAGUGGAAAUAUCAUCCCACUUAAUGUGGUCCACAUGGCAAACAAGAACACAACUCUGGAUAAAUAUUCAAUCCCAAAGGGCACCAAGAUCUUGGCUACAUUGCACUCUGUUCUACACGAUGAGUCAAUGUGGGAAACUCCACAUUCCUUCAACCCUCAACACUUUCUGGAUCAGGAUGGAAAAUUUAGGAAGAGGGAGGCCUUCAUUCCCUUUUCUGCAGGUUAG